AUGGAUUCAUCAUUGCCGCAAUUGCCCAACGAUAGGGACUAUGAUAUUAUAUUAAGGCAACAGCCAGCAAGAGCUAAAAUCAGCGUGCCAAAUGAAAGAGAUAAAAGAUCCAUAGAGCCACCACCCAUUGUACAAAUGCAAUGGAUCAAUUUCUCAGACGAAGAGAAAAAACAAUCACUGCAGAGUCCAUUCUACUUUGUCAUGGUGAACAUUGUUCAUGCUGAAGCGCCAGAUACAGCAAGCCCAUUACCUACUAGAGAGUACUUGUCAGGUGCCACGGUAUCCUCAUUGUACAGACUACGAGACAUUGAUAACACAGACGGCGGAUUCUUUGUAUUUGGCGAUUUAGCAGUGAGAAAGCAAGGUUACUUUCGACUUUAUUUUAGUCUUUUUGAAAUGAUAGAUGGUAUAGUUGAAAAUCGCAAGAAUAUUUUAUCCAAUGCCUUUAUGGUGUACACAACAAAGCAAUAUCCAGGCCCAAUGGAGUCUACAUUUCUGUCUCGUGUAUUCUCAGAUCAAGGUGUCAAGAUCAGAGUGAGAAAGAAUCAUCAAUUAUCAACAACAUCCACAUCAACGAUAUCGCCAUCAUCAUUCAAAAAGAAAAGUAGGACCAACGUUGCGGCUGUAGCACGUAAACGGAAACAUGAUAACGACACAAGUAUUUGUCAUCAACCCCUAAAGAAAGAAGUCUUAUCACCACCCUCCUAUGCAUCUGAUAACGUUGUGCAUUUUGGCAGAUGGCAAUCCUCGCUCUACAAAUGCAAAUCAACGCCUUUACCAAACAGCAGCAUGACUACAAACAAUGACCAUGCCAGCAAUACCCCUCCUUCACCUUCCAUGACCUCAUCUCCAACCCUUUCCACUUGUUCAUCAUCAAACAAUAACAUCUAUUUACCCCCUAUUUCACAACUAUCCUCUUGUAACAUAACACCUAUAGCUGCCCCUCCUUUCUAUCAACUACCACCACUACGAGAAAUUAUGAACAAUAAGCAUUCAGGUGAAGCCUAUACUUCUUUUCCAAUUGACACUUCAUUCUUCAAAUAA